CUGCAAUGUGCUUAAUCACUGCGGCGAACUAAUGACUGUACCGCUUGUCUUUUUGUGUAGUGGCAUUCAUUAUAGCCUUCAAGUAAUCUGUCUUAUCAGUAAUCACAAAGCAAGAUCAGGCUUGAUGGCAGACACCAAAAAGUGCAACGCUCUUUUUUUAUGUAAGAAUAUAGUUUCUCGGCCGGCCAAGGCUGAAUAUUCGAAAUUUUUCUGCCGAUUUUAGGCUGAAAUUAUUAUUGUGAAUAUUCUUAGACAAAAGCGUAUGACAUUAAGUUGAGCUGGUUUUGAUAGACAGUACGUAAUUAAUGAAUUUCGACAUCUUGUGCGGUCCGGGAUCAUUUGCGGACUCCUUGCGGAGCUGCACCGCGCAGCUUUGGUCUACCACCCAAUGCCCUAAAUUGAAUCAUUGCGGUAAGCACACGAGCAACACUUUGACUUAUGGUCUGCUUCCCGACGUCUGCUACUGUGAGAAUCCCCUCUUACCGUCAGGCGAAAAAGCCAUACCUUUAUUUUCUAAGAAUAUUCUUUUAUAAUUUUACCCGCUAACUACGAUGUAGACCUGUGUUAUGAGAAGGAAAUGUGGAGAAGUGCAAUUGUGAUCUGUCAAGAUGUAAAUUUAAAAAAAAGACCAGUAAUGAAACUUGACCCCAACCCGUUAAUACGGCUAAAUUUUCAUGACCUUUUAAAUGGGGCUCCACUGUAUUUCCUUUCACGCAAAAAAAAAAAAAUUCACGACGUCACUUUUUCCGCGUGAAAAUCCCAGAGCUUUAUUCCGUUACUUUCAAAACAAGGAAAAUAGAGAUAAAAGAAGCAGUUGAGACAUGGCAAAGAGGAGUUGUCUGAAUUCUUCUAAAUUGAACGUAAGAGAAUUAAGUCGUACAAAGUAGCAUCGAAGAGCUGAUCCCAAAGCAAUCCGCAAAUGAAAGUGUAAAGGUUAUUUAAACUUCCUGUCAACUUCAAUUUCAAAGCAAAUAAAGCUACGCAGCUUAAACAUGCAAGGAGAGCUUGCGGAUUUGGUUCCUUUUUUAAAAUACUUUUUCAAUUCAGGGAUAGCCAAGUAAAGGUUCAUCAAUCCUUAAAUGCACAAUUAUUUAUUGCAGGCCCUGCGCUAUCCCGCACACGCGAUCCGUGGUCAGUUGUUUUCGCCCUCAGAACACCCGACUUGGCACAAAAUCCUCACUACAUACCGCCGGUGUAUAGACUUUCUAAGUAAAUACUAGAAAUCUGCUCGCAGGCUAUUUGCCAGACGCCACACCAAAACGGAAAAAGUGUACGUAUAUCAGUUUGCUUACAGGAGAAGUCCCAUAUUUAGUCUCUGUUGUUUGGAGAGGUCCAAUCAUGGGAUUUUUGCCUCCUCCAUUUCUCUCUUUGCUAGUUCUGUGCAUAACGCCAUCGGCUGAUUCUCUGAGGCUUUUAUAUGCCAAUCGAAAGGAUAUUAGAAAUGUUGGGACGAAUCAAAAGAAUCCGAACGAAGCUAUAGUAGUCGAUGGACUCGAAGAUGCCAUCGCUGUGGAUUUUUGCUUUGCUGAAGGAUUUGUGUUUUGGGCGGAUGUUAGCUUGGAGAAAAUCAAGCGAAUUCGUGUUACAGGAGACACAAGGAAAGUCGAGGAUGUGAUCUCGGUGGGUUUGAAGAAACCCGAGGGUUUGGCUGUAGAUUGGAUAGCGAAAAAGUUAUAUUGGACUGACUGUAGAGAUUCUGACUGGGAAAGGAAUAGAAUCGAAGUUGCAAAUUUAGAUGGAACUAAUCGCAAAGUUAUUUUCUGGAAAAACUUGGGUCUUCCGAGGGCUAUUGCUGUGGAUCCACACAAAGGGUUCAUGUUUUGGACAGACUGGGGUGAAGAACCUAAAAUAGAGCGAGCUGAAAUGGACGGCUCCAACCGUGGAAUAAUCAUCAGACAAGAUAUUCAUUGGCCCAAUGGGCUUACAAUAGACUACAGUGCUGAGAAAAUAUACUGGACAGAUGCAAAAUUGUUUUAUAUAGCUAGAGCUAAUUACGAUGGUUCAAACCGUGAGAAAAUCGUCGGAACUCCCAUGCCUAGUCAGUGUGUAUUGGGCCAUCCGUUUGGUUUGACAUUGUAUGAGGACAAAAUUUAUUGGACUGAUUGGAAGACAAGAGGCAUUCACUCCAAGAACAAGAAUAGUGGCACACGGUGUCAGACGGUUUGGUCAAAUGCUUAUUCUCCUAUGGGUAUUCAUGCAUUUGAACCAAGAAGACAGCUGCCAAGGUCUGGUCAAAACCCAUGCAAUUCCACCUUAAAUGGAGGAUGCAGCCAUCUAUGUCUGUUGAAUACACGUAGUCAUUCAUGUGCUUGCCCGACUGGUGUGAAGCUUUUAUUCGACGGGAAAACAUGCGAGCAAAGUCCUGUCCAUUUCUUAUUACUGGCAACGAAAGAGGAUUUACGGCGCAUAUCGCUCGACACACCUGAUCUCACUAAUGUAGUUGUACCAGUUUCUGGUAUUAGGCAUGCCGUUGCCAUCGAUUUUGAUCCCGUCGAUAAAUUUGUUUAUUGGAGUGAUGAUGAGAAACUUGAAAUAAAAAGAUGUCGAAUGAAUGGACAAGACGCUGAGGUGAUAGUUUCAAGUGACGUUCAACAUCCUGAUGGUGUCGCAGUUGACUGGGUCGCACGGAACUUGUACUGGACAGACACGGGCACUGAUAGAAUUGAAGUCAGCAGGCUGAAUGGUUCAUCGAGAAAAGUCCUCAUCAGUGAAAAUCUUGAUGAACCUCGAGCGAUAGCACUGGAUCCAACUCGUGGAUACAUGUACUGGACUGACUGGGGAAAGCAUCCGAAGAUUGAACGAGCAGCCCUGGAUGGGAGUCACCGCAUCACCUUGGUCGAUACGUCUGUUGCGUGGCCAAAUGGUCUUACCAUUGAUUAUCUCUCUCGUAAGAUCUACUGGGCUGAUGCCAAGCUGGACAAGAUUGAGGUCAUGAAUUUUCAUGGGAGAAAUCGUAGAAUAAUUCUGGAUGAACGUGUGCACAUAUCUUUAGUUUAACUGUUCUUGGUAACCGCCUAUAUUGGACAGACUGGCAGACAAAGGCUAUAGAGAGUGUGAACAAAAGAACCCGAAACGACAGACAAACAGUCAUUGACAGCUUGCCUGAUAUGAUGGGACUGAAAGCGGUCAACCUUGGUCGUAGUUGUGGUUCUAACGACUGCCAGGGCAGCAAUGGAGGUUGUAGUCAUCUAUGUUUAUUCAGGCCUGUAGGAGCUAAAUGCGCAUGUCCAGCAGGGAUGAAGCUGCUUACUGACAAGAAAACUUGUAUGCAGCCUGCAGUUGACGGUGGAUACACUGCGUGGAGUGAAUGGGGAGCUUGUUCCACUACAUGCAACCCGGGUAUUCGAAUAAAAACUCGCACUUGCACCAAUCCGCCCCCAGGAAAUGGCGGCAAGAACUGCCGCAGAUUUGGAUCUCCUAGAAAGUUCAGGAUAUGCAACAAGAAACCGCAUCAGAGAUGCACACGUGAAUGAAGUUAACAAACUCUUUCUUUUUAGUAAUGAUAGUAUUAAUUGAGUAUGCCUAGACCUGCCUAUACUGCAGUCAGGGACAUGCUUAUCGAUAGAACAGUCCUGUUGACACAAUAAUUGGAGAGAAGAAGGUAUUAAAGAUGAACUUUACCUUUACAAUAAUGGCAAUGCCAUUAUUAUUUUUGAUUUCAAAAUUUUUAAACUUUUACAUUUUUAAAAGUUCUCUUCAAAUUAGCAGCCAACAGGUAAAGUUUGAAAGAAAAUCUAUUGUCAGUUCAAUUUCCAUGGAAUUACCUUAAACAGCAUGCUGACUCCACGGAUCACAACAUCUACCCACGAGACGCCCAGAUCCUCAAACGUGGUGUUAACAACUACCACAAGAGGCUUUUCCUGGAGUCAUGGCAGUCAGCUUUGGACAGCAUCGCUGUCAACGAGAGGAAACCGCUCCCUCUUGCUUACUUGCCGUUGAUUAAAAAAAACUCAAUUUAACGACAGCAAGCGCAGAGUUGUAGCGCGAACAAUAAUGAACUUUUAUACUGCAACGUUGAUGAAGGUGGACAGAUGGCACCGAAAAUUUAGUGAAGAAAAAUCAUAAAUCGGAUUAAGAAAAAAAAAAGGACGUUUAAGAGAAAAUCAUGUUUAUCCUAAGUUCUUUAAGCCUGAUUCUCACGUGCAUUGACAAAAGCUCGAGCACAAGUACAAGCACAAGCAAGAGAAUCCGCUUACAUGAGACGGAGUAAGAUAAGUAAACAAUCGUCCGACAUCUUGAAGCUGUCGGCACCAGAUCUCCUCGGAUGCUACCGCGUUUGCGUUUGUCUUGUUUGCUUAUUUCACGAGUGCGGACUCACGCUCGUGCUUGUCACAAAAAGUGAGAAGCAGACUAGUGAGUUCUUAUGAAUUUUGCUUUCUGGGGUUCAGUUUUUCUCUCCGUUGUUCAAAUUAUGAAGAGCAUUGUUAAAGAAAAUGUAUACGGUAGACAUAUUUCGUAAUAAUUAGCAAGGUUUUGGUAUUGUAGAGGAGAACACACAGGACAGGUUUUAUUGUGAGCAAAAACAUUUUUUUAACUUGCAGGAUGAGAUUGUCUGCAAAAGAAAGACAUGGGAGACUAAAGAAAAGGACAAGAAAAAUUGCUAGAUGAAGGACUAAAAUUUUCAUUCUUAAACUUUAAUAUCGCUUUAAAAGAUUUUCGAUUGUUUGUUUAUUCAUUUGUUUAUUUGUUUGUUUGCUUGUUUAUAUUUUAAUCUGGUUGGUGUGACUCGUCAUAUAUAUAGUUUGGUUUUUAACAUCAUUUAAUUUUCUCAAGUAUUGAUCAUAACACUGAUGGCCUCUAGCUUUGCCUGAGACGUAUCAUGUUCUAAUUGAUCGAGACAGCAACAACACCAAUAGUUUAUUGACACUCCCCUGAUGGGGCUUUUCAGUGACAAUACAGCAAAA